GGAAGAUUUGUGGAGACGCCAGCACUAAACGUAUGAAGCUUUUUCCAGAGGGUACUAUUAUUUAUGGCAAAAGAGGUAGAGGUUAUAUUAAAUCUUAAUGAAGGUGUCACGGAAAUCAUUAAAUCGGGACUUUUAAAAAGCUGCAUUGAGUAUCUUUUGUAUCAAAGGCAGCAACUUCCGAUACCUUACCACGAGGUCACAAGAAUGGUGGAACAGCAAGAGAGUCAAGAUAUAAACGCACAUGUUAUGGAGCGGCCAGGCCUCCGACGAUCUCUUAACACGGAGUACAAGAAAGCUAAGAAAGUUUACGAGGACGUAGAAUGUUUGUUUGACAAUGUAAACAAGCUGUUUAUGUCAACAGUGGUCAAGUCUGCAUUGGUGUUACUGGGUUCAACACCGGUCAGUCCAAAAGAACGAUAUCUUUUAGACUUUCAGAACCCUGAGGAAAGUAAUUCUUUGGAUAUUUCUCCUAGAAUAUGCAAUUCUUCUCGUCGUAAACUGGUACGGAGCUUGAUAUCAAAUCCAGACCUUGGUACGUUUAAGGAUAUAUCCCCUACUUCAAUGUUUGUCUUCAUUCAAGCUAGCAGAUCUUCAGAUCUUCAAUGGUUUCGACCGAAAUCAACAUUCAAGCCACCCAGCCGAGGUCAAAGUUGUAAGAUAAGUGUAAGGACAGCCCAUAGCGAGCAGCUAUCCCCCACUGACUUCAACAAAGAUGAAUGGAUGUGGUUCCAGGCACCUGUAAUUGUCAGAGGUUACAGAAACAAGAGAGCGGGAAUGCUAUGAAUGCUGGUGUCACAGUGGAUUUGGACCACCCCACGCAUUUGGACCCCUGGUCCAAAUCCGCGAGUGGAUAUGAACUCCCCUUCGUAGAUAUGAACUUCCCUUCGUAGAUUUGGACCCCGUACCAAACUUUCCUUUUAAGAAUCAUUUGUAUCAUAUAACCCUAACCCCAACUCUAGCAACCCCAACCCCUAACCCUUACCCUAGACCCUAACCCUAAAUCCUAACCCUAGACCUUAACCCUCACCGCUAGCACUUGGGAAUGUAAAGGAUGAUGUUUUCUCUCAAUCUUGUUGGGGGUCCAAAUCUGUGGAGGGGGGUCUAUAUUUGCUGGCAGAUUUGGACCAGGGGGUCCAAAUUUAGAGGGGGUUCAAAUCUGCUAGGACACCAGUUGUUUCAGCAUUGUGCCAUUUCGCCAACUAAUAGGUUGCCAACGUUUGCAGUUGCCUCACUAAUGUCAAAGGUCAGUUUGCCAGUGCUCAUGUGUCAGUUCACCAAUGUCCAAAAUAAAGCUUCCAGUGUUAAUUGUUGUGGGACUUGUGACUUUUUAAUGUUUACUUUGCCAACAGCACAAUUUACAUGUGCACUCAUACAUAAUGACUCUGAAUGAAUACAUCAAAGGUAAAAUGGUAUUCCUCCAGUCAUUUGUAAAUAGAUUUCAGACCUUUUUCAAAAAUUAUUUGGGACAAUGCUGAACUAACACAUUAGCAUUGGGGAACAGAUCCAGGACACUGGUGAACUAACUUCAUAUGUUGGUAAACCUGGUCAUUGGUGAACUGACAAGUUGGCAAAUGACAGGUUAGCAAGUGGAGUUUAAAAUCUGUAGCUGCAUGAUUUUAGGAGAGCUUUUUUAUCCUCUAGGCCAUUUUGAUAAUCAUUUUAAAUUGUAUUCUAGAAUAUUUUUUCAAAGAAACUUUUUAUUUUUUUUUUAACUUGGGUUAUUAUAAUUUUUGUCUCCUGUAAAAUGCUCUUCAUGGGUUUCAGGUGUACACGUUUUACUUCAUGAGAAACUCAGAAAUAAUUGUCAUGCCUUCCACUCUUCUUACAUGAGUCAAGGAGGGCUUGAAAUCAGCCUGUGAAUGGGCUCUAGGUAGCUCUCUCACCUUGCAAAGCUUGCAAGAAUCUAGUUGGUUAGAAGAGCUUGUUGAGAAGUGAGACAGGUCUCCCAGACUUCUAGAAUCUUGUGGGCUUUGCUGCCUGGGGACAUACCUCUAAAUUAAAGGAAACAAUAUUUUUUCUUUGAGGGAUGGAGGUUCUAUUAAUCUAGAUGAGCCUUAAACCAGGAUGGGGACUAAUGAUCAAUUAAAAUGUUUGCUUAAGAUUGAGAUUUUGUGGUUGUGAAGUCUUGUAAGGCUUUCUUGAUUGCUCUGGUACUUUUUGAGAACCAUGGUGACCAGAUAUAAUUUCCAUAAUUUGCAUCAGAAAUGCAUGUAUGUGCAUGGAAUUUCCUUUGAAGGAAGGUUUGAUGAGAAGGUCAGUGAGAGAAUGAAUGCUGUGUUAGGCAAAUUUUUUCAUAGAUUCACACCUUUAUUUUUUCAUUCAAAAUCACACUAUUGCUGCAGCUCAACAUUUGGUUUGUCAAUUCAAAAGUAAAGUAAAUCAUUUUUAUUUUUACAAAAAAUUAAUUAGAUUAAUUAAAUUGUGGAAAUUAUUUAACUAGACACUACUGAAGGAAACAAAAUAUAGAAGGGUUUACUAAUUUGAAAAACAAAUUAGAUCACAGGAUAUUUUAAUUGACAACCUAACUCUGCACUGGGAUAACAUCAGAUUAAGAAAUGUAUUAAAAAAAAAGGGAAAACUGAACAUUAUGAUCAAGUAGUCAACUGGGAGUUGGGACUAAACAGCAUUUAUUGAUGCUACAAGAUGAAAUAAACUAUUAGAAUAUCUAGGAAACAAUGAAAACAAAUAUUCCUGAUAGUAUUUCAUAAAGGAAUAAUCUUAAACCUUGUCUGUAAUUAGCAAGCUCUAUUUCCAUUACUCCCAGAAUUUUUAUGCCAUUGUUUAAAGUUUGUCCUUUCUUGUUCCAGGAAUGCUUCUUUAAUUAAGAAUAAUGAAAGAAACAUUCUGUGGAUACAUGAAGUUGCAACACCAAAUAAAUAAAAAAGAACACACUUUCUUCAUAGCAGACAUUGUAUUUUUUACAAUAUGUCAACUGUAAUAAAAACUGCUUCUAAGGUAUCUUCCUCAUUUUCACUAGACUAAGUGUGAAUUCAGAGCUGUUGAGCUGGCAGCUGUAAAUUUUUGUCUCAUUCUAAAAUCAAAUUCUACUUAAAAUCAUCACCUACAUGUAACCAUAUUUGAACAUGUAAAAAAUACUUUCUCAUUUAUAAAAAUAUUUCCUGUACAAUAUUUGUAAGGUACCUGGCAUUUCUUUGUCUAACAAAAAUACCUUAAAUAUCAAGUUAACAUUGAACAUGUAGAUGUCUGUAAGAUGGCAGAGAACUGGGGACCUGUCUUCUAUAUCACAAAUAAUUAAAAAUAACUUCUGUAACAGGAUAAAGUUUUUUUUUUUAAACCUUGAUUGAGUUGAUUUCCUUUUCAACCCUUGAACUCCCAAGAUCUGGUUUUUAAUUCUCUCCUCUAGCUGCUACACAUUUCCUUGUAAAUUAGUUAUGAGAAUUUGAUAUUAUAUCAAGAUACCAACUUCUACAUGA